AUGAUCGAGCGAUGCUUUGUUGAUCAUGAAAGAGUCGACGACGACGACGAGGAGGAGAAUGUUCAGCCAGCCAAGUCGCUCCCUGUAGGGGGUUAUGUGCUCACUCCAGCCAACACCACAGAUAUAUCUUAUGCAGGAAUUCUGCAGCCUCUGGAGCCUGGAUUUCAAUUCGACCGUAACAUCAGAGUAGACGAGGGAACAAUAAUGAAGAUCAAAUCUAAUCCAAACAAUAGUUUAUCGAGUAUGGUAAAAGUUUCGGUUAAAAACUCUAAUAAAGAGUAUGAUAGACUUCUAAAGAUAAUACAAGUCGAGAGAGAUGGUAACUGCUUAUUUAGGAGCUUCUCCCUAUUCAUACAUGGCAAUGAAAAAUAUCACAUGAAAAUAAGAGAAAAAAUCGUGAAAUUUGUUUUUAACAAUUGGAAAUCAGAAAAAGACAUGAUUUUCGCCACUUGUGUAGAAAAAGUUUAUAAAAAUGCUAACAAUUAUAAAAAUACAAUGGGUUGCCAAGGUGAAUUCGGUACUGACUAUGAAAUUGGCGUUUUCUCGCGAUUAUAUAACGUGACAGUGAAUAUAUUCAUUUCUGUCUCUUUCGACGUAGUUAGGAAAAUUCUAACGUUAAAUACUUCAGGAAUACAAAAUAAUAAAAAACAAAAUGUUAAGUGUUUAAAUAUUCUACAUAGUGGACAUUCACGAGUCGGUCAUUGGCAAAUAUUGACUGAAGUGUGAAUACUAAUGUUUUUAAUAAUAUUGUGUAUUUGUUAAAAAGAAAUAUAUUUUACUAAUUAAAUUAUUUACCAUAUUAAAUUCUAAAAUAUAUAUUUUUCUAUUUUUCUCUAAAUUCUUUCAAUUUAAAAUUUCGUUAUGUUAUUUUUGCAGAGAAUCUUUAUACAUUCAAAACCUAUUUAAAUGACACAAAUACUCAUAUAUAUUUUUGGUUCAACAUCUUUUUCAACAAUAUCUUCAUCAACAAACCCGUUGUUAAUUUAUGGCCACAUGAAUAAACUAAUACAAUAAACUAAUUUAUCACUUUUGUUAAUGUA